AUGGCGUCUGUGAGAUCUUUCCCCUCCAUCAAGGAAAUUCGGACGUUUGUCAUUGGCGGCGUUGGUUCCGGCGGUGAUUACCACAAUGUCAAGGGCGGUCACUGGCUGAUUGACAGCCCCAUUUCCACUCCCUGCUCGCGAUGGGAGAAAUACCGCGAUUCGAGGACUAGCUGGGGCAUCAACGUCCUGGGCUCAUUUCUCAUCGAAAUCGAAGCGACCGACGGCACCGUCGGCAUUGCCACUGGCUUCGGAGGCACGCAAUUUUGA